AUGAAGAAUGUAAAGGACAGCCAGUUCUCUAAAUUUUUGGAGAUUUUCAAGAAACUUCAGAUCAAUAUUUCCUUUGCAGAAGCACUAGAACAAAUGCCACUUUAUGCUAAGUUUCUGAAGGAAUUGAUGACCAAGAAAAGAAGUUGGAGGAAUGAUGAAACCGUGAUCUUAACUGAGAAAUGUAGUGCUAUCAUCCAACACAAGCUGCCUCAAAAAUUGAAGGACAUGGGAAGCUUCCGAAUUCCCUGCAUCAUAGGGGAAAUAACAGUUGAAAAAGCCUUAGGUGACUUGGGAGCUAGUAUAAAUUUAAUGUCCCUAACAAUGAUGAAGAGAAUAAAGAUUGAGGAAGCCAAACCAACAAGAAUGGCUCUCCAAUUGGCAGAUCGGUCAUUUAAAUUCCCUUAUGGAAUAGUGGAAGACUUGCUAGUGAAGGUAGGAGACUUCAUCUUUCCUGGUGACUUUGUGGUGUUGGAUAUGGAGGAGGAAGCUAAAGCCUCAAUAAUCUUGGGGAGGCCAUUUUUAGCCACUGCUGGAGCCAUCAUUGAUGUCCAAAAAGGGUGA